AUUAAAAUCGGGACCAUGGACAAGGGCGGGACAUUACACAUGACCGCCGCAACACCACCAUGGCUCUGCUGAUGCGGCGGUUAAUUACUGAUGCACAGGCAAAACUUCGCAGAAUGGUAGAGGAACACUCUGCCAUCAACUUAGCAGCGCGUCAAGACCCCGAGUUCGUAGUUUCCCCUCUAUCGCCACCCUCUUCAGGAAUUUCGACCAAAGAACCCUCUUCAAGUUCCGAAUUAAAUAAACUCCCUAACCAGCCCACUUCGACCAACGAAGGUACCUCUUCGACUAGAAAAUCGCAGACCACCAACACCAAAGAAACCAGUGAUAAAACUAGUGUUAAUACAAAACAAACUACUGAACCGAAAAAUCAAACUAAAGAUCCGUCGCCAUCCGGCCGGGCUAACGAGAACGAAAUUAGUGCAAAAAGCGAUAGCGAUAACGCGCAAAUUGACACCGAAAGUAGUGGUAAAACUGACAAUAUCGGAGUGAUGACGGUGGAAGAUGCGAUUAGUCCCUUACGGGAUGAUAAGACAGAAGGCCCAAGAGAUUCAGAUUCGCCAAAACCUGGAUGUAGUACUCAACAAGAUGUUGGUGGCGAUUCGACUUCGCCUCGUUCACCACGUAGUGCGGACAGUGUUCGAGAUCGGGACGUCUUCCCUGCAAUGUUGGCCACUUCUCCCUUCGAAAUGUCUUCAGUUGCUAUCAGAAGACUUCGAAUGGAAAACGAAAGAUUACAAGCCGAAGUGACGCGACUGAGGAGAUUGGUUGUUUCCGGCGCAUCCACCGUAUUGAAUGAAAGGAAAUUUUCUGAAGAUACAGGAGACGUACCGCCAGCAGUGAAAUCUUUAGAAGCUGAAUUAUUUCUUGCAAAAGAAGCUAUAAUUGCUCUUAAGCAAGAUCGCAAACGUCUAAAAGCUGAAAAGUUCGAUUUGUUGGACCAAAUGAAGCAGCUGUACGCAACACUCGAGGACAAGGAGAAGGAGCUACGGGACUUUAUCAGAAACUACGAACAGAGGGUGCGGGAGAACGAGACCUCCCUGCAGCAGCUCUCAACGGAACGGGAGGAGAGGGAAAGGGAGAGGUGGAGCCUGCUCAGGCACGCUAGGGAUGAAGCCGAACGAAGUCUAUCGCUUGCUGCUCAACUUAAUGCCAAAGAACUACAAUUGCAACAGGCCCAGGAACAAUUGCAAGAAGCCCGGCGUCAGUUAGCCUCAAGUGGUUGUGUAUCGGAUCAAGAGUCUUUAGUUUCACUGCCACGACACAGUGCCAACGGUGGUGCCGUAACUCCUGGUUCCGGCGGCAUUUUGUCAGGACAUCAAAGUUUGGGUUUACUUCCUGGCGACCGGGGCAGUUGCAGCGCCGAUUCGGGAGUGAGGGUCAGUUCGGACAGAGAAAGCGGAGCUACAUCGGUCGGUGGUAAUCUUUCGGAUUCAACAACGGAAGGAACUCCAACUAUUACGGUCGAAGGGAGAAACAUGGAUCCGGAUUCAACUUCUCUAGUCUCCUCCAUUCCACCACCGCAUAUGUAUCAGUCAAUUUGUACGUCAAAAGACACGUCGCUUUCCCCGUUGAACGCAAAAAAUUUUUCGCGUGCUUCGGAAUCCAACGUAUUAUCAAGAUCGGAAGAACAAUUGAAUUCGGCUAUAGAAAGUGAUCGUCCAAAUAGUAUUAGCAGAAGACCAAAAAUUCAACCGAGUCGUUUGGGGAGUGGCCGAGGAGGCACAUGGGGCAGUAUUUCAAGAGUUUUCGCCAGAUCAAGGCACAGAAAUAAAACCAGCUACUCACAAGACAAUAAUGACAGCAACUAUGACCCGUACCGAAGUUGGUCACCGUUGACCGAGGAAGGAUAUGCAGAGAAAUUAAGACUGUUAAGGGAGGCAUCGUCAAUCCCGAUGGAACGAUGGAAGGCACCAACAGUAUUGGCAUGGCUCGAAAUUGCUUUGGGGAUGCCCCAGUACGGUGCACGUUGCGCGGAGAAUAUCAAAAGCGGAAAGAUGCGUGAUUUGCAUGGCCAGGUCCUUCUAGAACUGAGCGAUUUGGAGCUUGAAUGCGGCCUGGGAAUAGCCCAUCCGAUGCAUCGCAAAAAACUCCGAUUGGCGAUCGAAGAGCACAGACAUCCUGCGCUAGUUCGUUACCCUUGCAUUGCCCAAUUAGGACACACGUGGGUAUCGAGCGAGUGGCUACCCGAUCUUGGACUUUCACAGUACUCGGAAAGUUUUGCAGCGAAUCUGGUAGACGCAAGGAUGUUAGAACAUCUUAGCAAGAAAGAAUUAGAAAAAUAUUUGGGCGUCACAAGGAAGUUUCAUCAGGCUUCGAUUGUCCACGGCAUUCACUUAUUGCGAAUAAUUAAAUACGACAGACAGGCCUUGGCGGUUAGAAGACAUCAAUGUGAAAAUGUAGACGCCGAUCCUUUAGUUUGGACAAACCAGCGGUUCAUACGAUGGGCCCGAAACAUUGAUUUGGGUGAAUACGCCGACAAUUUAAAAGAUAGCGGAGUUCACGGAGGAUUAGUCGUUCUGGAACCCUCUUUCAACGGUGACACUAUGGCCACCGCAUUGGGAAUACCCGCGAGCAAAAACAUCAUACGACGCCAUCUGACAGCUGAACUGGAAGCGCUCAUAUUACCCGCUAGAUCGACCUUAGAGCAUUAUGUGAGAGUUAGAAGUAAACCACGCGCCCCGGGCGGAUCUUUAGGUAGAUCCUUUUCAAAAUCGUGUGUAGGUCUCACCUCAGCAAACGCCGACUCAUGCAGGACCAGCUUGAAGGGUUCGUUGAGUCGCGCUUUAGGACUUACGAAGGCCAAAUCUGAAAAAGAAUGUGACAAGCAUUCUCCCACAUCCAGUUCGGGCAGUUCAUCAGUUAUAAGCCACAUAAGUCCACCGCCUCGGUCGGUGAGAUCAUUUCAUUCAGGAGACGAAUCGCCGAUAUAUGCUAUUCCGUUCGCGCACAACAUUGCUCCUAAUAACCCACAGCAACCAUCAAACACCACGUACGGAGUCAUUUAUCAGCCGAUUCGUGAAGUAACGAACAUGCGAACAUUCGGAGGAGAAAAUAGGAGCGAAAAUAUUAAAGUAAAAAGUCUCAUCGACAGCAGUGGCACUUUACCAGAAAGAAGACAGCAUAGGAGAGUGCGAAGCAUCGGAAGUACGGAUGCCUUCCACACCAGUUUAUUAUGAUAGUUGACUUUAAUCAAUUACUCAGCAUUAAUUAGCACGGAGUUUCGAUUUAAGAUGGUCGUUAAUUAAGCAUGUUGCGAACUUGUUUACCAUCUGCCCAAACUUCUUCAAAGUGGAAAAGAAGUUUUGCAAAAUUUGAAUAAUAUCGACAAUUUUAACCCGUGCUGCUUUAGUACAGAUAAGUAAUGUCAGCUACAGCUUAAAACCUCAUGUAUUUUCUUAUUGAGAUUCAUGUUGCACUUCUUUUGUCCGAUUUUACCCCCUCCUCCCUUGUAGCCUUGGAAACCUUGUAACUCGGUCCCCUAAACGCAGGUAUCACAGUUUACUCAUUCGUCAGCAGAUGUCCCUACGCUCGCCACUAUAGUUCGUCUUUCAGUCGCUAGAUGUCAUAUCUACAUUCUUAUUAACAGACAUCUAUGUCACCGCUAUAGGUUCCCUCUUCAGCCGUAUAUCAUAGUUUGUCUUCCCGACACUAAGUGUCUCUGCUGCUGCCGUCGCCUUAAUUCGUUUUCCUGCCACCAGAUUUCACAGUUUGUUCCAAUAUUAGAUAUUAAUACCAGAUGCUAUCUCAUCCGCAAAUCUAACCAUAUUAAUCUUGUUAAGCAGGUUAAUAAAUUGCUUAUUAAGCAAUUUCACCUAUUUUUUAGAUUUCGGUAAACAUAUUGUUGACAGCGCUAAAAAUCAAUUUAAAAUUGUUCUUCGUAUGCAACUUUUAAUGUUAUACAUAGGUAUAUUUUUUGUUUUUUCAUUCUGAAUAAAGUAAAUAGACUUUUUCUAUACAAUUCUAUAAGUUUUCAAUCGCUUGUCGAUUUUGUCAUCUGCAAUUUUGCACAAUUUCUUUUCCCACUUUAAGUAAUUUUAAGGGUUAAUGAGUGACAAAUCUAAUAAACGGCUAAAGUAGCUAUCCCAAAGGUAGGUAUUUAUUUUUACAUUGAUUCCAUUCCACAUAAUGAAACUCAUAAUAUAACCGUUUUCUUCUGAUAUUUUACAUUACAUGAUGCCCAUAAAAUUAAAUACCUCGAAUAUCGGUCGAGUCGGUGAAACAAUAAGAAAAAUACUUUCUAAGACGUUUCAAAUGUGCUUAAUACAAAUCUUAUGUCAAAUUUUAGAAAUUCAAAGUGGCGUAUUUAGAAUGAUCGAUUCUAUUGUAAAAUAUUACAAAAUUAAUUGAAGAUAUUGAUUUAUUAGGGUUUUGCUGAUAAUGAUAAUGUCGAAUUUGAUGAUAUUUAAAAAAUGCAAAAUGGCGAAUCCAAAAUGGCGAUUAUAUGAUCGGUCUGAAAUUUCUGCGAUUUAUUUAUUAUUUUUUUAUUAUCCUUACGUAAGUACCUUCCGUUAUAUGUUGAUAAUUAUUAUAUUGAUAAUUCCAUAUUUAUAUACUUGAAAUUUACGAAAUAUGUAACUUUCUUUACUACAAGAUGACAUUCUCUUUUCAAAAUAUACACCAACAGUUAGUAUGCAUCCUACAUUCACGUAUCAGGUCUGCUUGCAUUAAAAUGCACAAUUAUUACAAUCAUAUUGAAAAUAUUGAUAAUUUACUGAUUUUUUCUAAUCCCAAUGAUUAUUACAAAAAAAAAUAUAGUACGGUAUAUUUUUCAUGGUUAAUAUCAUAGUUGCUAUCUCCAUAUGGUGAAAACUUUUCAAAUAAAGAAUUCAUUCUCAAAGACAGUAUCAUACAUUAACUAGAAAUUUGAUUAAUGAAAAUGUAGGUGACACACAUCUAAAUAAUAUUUGCCGUUAAUUGUCGGCAUUUUAAUCAAUAAAUAACUACACAAAAAACUCAGUAUGUAUAUCUACAUAAAAUGUUAUUUUUGGUAGCCUUAUUAGCCAAAAAGCACACUUGCUAUUACCGUAAAUUUUCAACUUAAAAUUAAUGUAAAACAAGUUUUUUAUAUCGUUUAGUUAUUUAAGGAUGAUAAACAAUAUGGAUCACAAGCAAUUCCUUUCUUUUCCCUACUCCAUUUUAAUUACUUUUCGAAAAUUAUAUGAAAUUUCUU